ACAGUCUCUCCUCCUCUUGCUCCCUCUCCCUCCAGCUUCUUUUCCUCUCAUCCCCUUUCCCUCCUCCAUCCCUCCGCGGCGUCUGCGUCAGGCCCCCACUAGCGUGACGCGCGGGGGCUGGGUGGGAGCUGUCCACUCGCCCGGGUGCUGAAUGCAGCAGCGGCGGCCGCGGCACCGGCAGCGGAGAUAGCCGAGAGCCUCCCUCGCUGCAAGAACCUUGUUUCCAAUUCUCGGACGGUCAGCUAGCCGCCCCGCCACCUCCUUCCAGCACCACCCCUUUGGGAACCGAGCCAGUGGGGGCAGCGGCGGGUGCUGAGCAACGGCGGAAGACGAGACAACACCUGGCAGCAGCCUGGAAUCUGAUUUGCUUCCUCUCGGCUUUUAUAAGAGAUAUAUUUAUAUACGGUUUUGGGGAGUCGCGAGGACCAAGCUGGAGCCAAGUGCCGGCUGCCUCCCACCUUGGCCACACUGCUUCGCUUCCCCCUCCCCACCUUCAGCUGGCACCGCAAACAAGCCUUACCUCGUUGUAUCUGCGAGGAGAGGUAGCAACAGCGAACCCAGCCAGCCAGAGGCGGCGGAGAGGAGGAAGGGGCGGGGUGGGGGGGCAGAGAGCGGACCGAGGCCGCCCUUGGUGGGGGUAGCGGGGGCAGAGCUGCCGAGCAGACCCGGCAGCCGCCCUCCUCCGCCCCCACCCUUCAGAAGCACUCUUGCCUGACUGAGAACCGAAUUAUUCCACUAGUAUUAUUUCAUUUUUUAUUACCCCCCCUCCUCACUCCUCAGCCGCCCCCACCCCCACGCCUGCCUCGCUUCUGGUUGCAUGGCAGCGCUGCCCGGGCGCGGGGGCUCAGGGCUGGCCCCCAGGGAAGGGGGAGGAGGAGGAGGAGGAUCAUGAAGGCCGGAGUCGCGACCGCGCCGGACGGCGGGCAGCAGCCAGAGGACGAGCCGGAGCAGCCCCCGCCCCGGAGACAUCCGGACGCCGAGCAGCAGUCGCCUCCACCGCCGCAGCAGCAGCUGCGGGCGCGGGCCGACCCGGAGCCGGAGGAGGAGGGCGACCGCGACCCAGAGGAGGAAGAGGAGGAGAAGGCGAGGCCACUCGCCCGCCCGGACCUACCCUUCUCUCGGCUCUUGCCCCUCGCCCGAAGGGACCUUUGAUGGAACCGAGGGGAGGGGGCCACGGAUUUGCCGACUGCAGCAGGGGUGGGCUGGGGGCUGAGAUAAUGUAACCACUCCUUUCUCCUGUUCUCUCCCACACGCCCCUCUCCUCUACCCCUGUUCUCUGCUCCACCGCCCUCUCACCCCGGUACACACAUCCUUCCUCUAGCCAGGAUUUUCACGCUCAGGAAGGAGGCGCCUCUGCAAGGGUUAAACGAUCUUUUCUUUUUCUCCCAUCCUUUUUCCUUCCCAACCCUCUAUUUUAUCUCGCUUCUCCUAAUUGGCUUUCCCCUCUUCUGCUUAGCCCUUUGGCUGCAGAGGCAAAGCACAAGCCCCUAGCCCAGUUUCACCUGCCACCCCCUCCCCCACCCAACUGUUCUCUUAAAAGCCACUCUGGUGCUUCUGGGGGUUAAUUGCCCCAGUUUUCUGCCCAGGAGAAUUAAAACUUCUCCCAAUCUUCUCUCCUCCCCUACCUUGACUCCCCCUAACCCCUACCACCUGAGAAGAACUAUCUUUUCUCUCUCACACAUGCAGUCCUCAAUUCUUCAUUGAGCUGGUUUUCUCUAAGGCCAGUUCAAUCCACUCCAAAUUUGAUUUACAAUUGUCCCCACCCUUUUAUAUAAAAGAAAGAUUUCUCACGGCCUAGGAAUUUGAGAAGAACCCAAUAAUCCUUUCCUGGGGAACUUUUAAACAAUUCGACAUUGAUCUUAAGGCUCUAGUGGCCCCUUCACCACACUUCUUCAAUCCCUCUGCUCCUACCAGUGUCCUCAGGUCAAAGGCAGAAAGGAGACACACUGAACAAAGUUGGAGGUUGGGGUGGGUGUGUGAGGGCAAGAGAAACUUUUUUGUUAUUGGGCUUUGCAGGUGGAGUUCAGAACCAGUGACUCACACUUCUCAGUCCUGGGAUCAAUUUAUUUGCUACUUGGAGGGGUUGUAUGAAAAGCCAGUGAGAAAGCAGACUGCCCCCACAACACAGAUCCACUGUGGGCCCCCAAACCUGUCCUGUCCCCCUCUUUUAAGACUCCGGCCACCCCUCUUGGGCUCUCUCCUUCCACGGGCACAUGCUGAUGCCCCUGUGUGGGCUGCUCUGGUGGUGGUGGUGCUGCUGCUGCGGCUGGUACUGCUGUGGAUUGUGCGCCCCAGCUCCCCAGAUGUUGCGCCACCAGGGUCUCCUCAAGUGCCGCUGCCGCAUGCUCUUCAAUGACCUGAAGGUUUUCUUACUGCGGCGCCCUCCUCAAGCGCCCCUGCCCAUGCACGGCGACCCCCAGCCCCCCGGUUUGGCGGCCAACAACAACACCCUUCCGGCUCUGGGCGCCGGGGGGUGGGCAGGCUGGAGGGGCCCCCGAGAAGUGGUGGGCAGGGAGCCCCCUCCUGUGCCACCUCCACCCCCCUUGCCACCUUCUUCUGUGGAAGAUGACUGGGGUGGCCCAGCCACAGAGCCACCUGCCUCACUGCUUAGCAGUGCCUCCUCAGAUGACUUCUGUAAGGAGAAGACCGAGGAUCGUUAUUCACUGGGCAGCAGCUUGGACAGUGGUAUGAGGACCCCACUCUGCCGCAUCUGCUUCCAGGGGCCAGAACAGGGGGAGCUGCUGAGCCCGUGCCGCUGCGACGGCUCGGUCAAGUGCACACACCAGCCUUGCCUCAUCAAGUGGAUCAGCGAGCGGGGCUGCUGGAGCUGCGAGCUGUGCUACUACAAGUACCACGUCAUCGCCAUAAGCACAAAAAAUCCUCUGCAGUGGCAGGCCAUCUCUCUGACGGUCAUUGAAAAGGUUCAGGUUGCAGCCGCCAUCCUGGGCUCCCUCUUCCUCAUCGCCAGUAUUUCCUGGCUCAUCUGGUCAACUUUCAGCCCCUCGGCAAGAUGGCAACGCCAAGACCUGCUCUUCCAGAUCUGCUAUGGGAUGUAUGGCUUCAUGGACGUGGUGUGCAUAGGUCUCAUCAUCCACGAGGGACCCUCAGUGUAUCGCAUCUUUAAACGGUGGCAGGCUGUCAACCAGCAGUGGAAAGUGCUGAACUAUGACAAGACAAAAGACCUGGAGGAUCAAAAGGCAGGAGGCAGGACCAAUCCCCGGACCUCCUCAUCCACCCAGGCCAAUAUCCCCUCCUCGGAAGAGGAGGGCGCAGGCACCCCCGCCCCUGAGCAGGGCCCUGCCCAGGCUGCCGGCCACCCCUCAGGCCCUCUGUCCCAUCACCACUGUGCUUAUACCAUCCUGCACAUCCUGAGUCACUUGAGACCUCAUGAACAGCGGAGUCCCCCAGGCAGCAGCCGAGAGCUGGUCAUGAGAGUCACGACAGUGUGAGAGCAGAGGCCCAGGAGGAAGGCCAUGACCACCACUGAGGGCCCGGAGCAGGGUGGGGAGGUGCAGUGGCACCCCCAGAGCCAGCACAGGGAGCGGGCAGAGGGUGGGGGGCCUGGCAGGAGCCCUGGGGCAGGGUCAGAGUGGGAGUGAGGCUGGUGCAGGAGCAGUUCUGCUAUUUCCGAUCAGUCAAUGGCACUCUCCACAACAGCAAUGAAAACCAACACCAACUCAACAACAAAGUGCAAUACAGGCUGAACCUGGCCCAACAGAAAAAACCUGCCCCAAUGCGCCCGCAGGCAAGGUACCUGAAGAAGCAGAGGCGGAGGGCAAGCAAAGCUUGUGUGACUGGUGGCAGUGCCGGAGGCCAAGGGGGCCAAGAGGAAAAGCGUCUGUGGUCUGCUCUGCUCUCACCCUGUUUGGUUUUGUUUCUCCUGGGGCUGUGUUCUGCAGGCAGCCAGGAAAGGGGGGAGGCACGUGUGUGAGCUGGCAGGGACACACUGCCUUUGGGGCUCCUGGGCUCAUUUGGAUGGGCAAGAUUCGCUGACAAAUGGCUGUGGGGAUGGUGGGGUGGAUGGUCAGGGAGGGAUGCGCAGGGAGGGAGAUGCUGGUGUGAGCAGCCAGAGGGAGAGGUGUGUCUCCUUCCUGAAGGAACUUCCAAAUGGAACUCCCGAUUUCAGGUGGGCUCAAAGAGGGCUUAGGUUUGGAAAAGGGUGUCUUUCUGUGCCCUUGUUUAUUUAUUUUAUAGUGAUUUGGUUCAAAGAUGUUUACAGGACACACACACACACACACACACACACACACACACACACUCCUAGAGAAAAGUACAGAUUUCCAGUGGGUAUUUGAAGCACAGUUCUGCUGCUGUGGCUUCAGCUUUGGAAGCUGUCAAUCCUGGAGCAACUUUCCCAACUACCCAAUCCUACCAUGGCCAGGACUUGGGCAAUGCCAGCCCUUUCUUGUCUUGGCACAUGCACAUACCCAGUCCCCUCAUGGUAGGGCACCCCCAACCUAGGGGCUUCCAAGAGAGCAGCUGCAGUGGUUGGGAGGAGCUUGGCCAGUGUGCCCCAAGGAGUGGAGUAGAGCCCAAUCUAAGUGUUCCUUGCUGCUUAGAACCCUCCCCAAAGAGGCAGUCAGGCUGAUGCUCAGUGCUUCAUGCUCCCUGGUCCUUCCUGUGCAGCCAGGUGGGCCCAGGUGUGCCUGGCAAGGAGCACUACCCCUGGACCCCCUGCUCGCUCUGGGGACCCUGCCAGGGAAGGCCACUGGGUGGUCACCUGCAGAGUUUCUGGUUGUCACUGCACAAUGGCCGCGUCAUCCAUGGGUAUUAAAAGGACAUUGUCAAGUACUUUUUUAAACUAGUUUUUAGGGUUUUUUAAAACUCUCUGUUGUUUGUAAUAUUCUCUUAAAAGCUUGAAAAUAAAACUUCUUUCCCUACCA